AUGAUUGCUAAGAACGGAAAAUUAUUCACAAAAUUCGAUUCUAUUAGGUCUUCUUUUAAUACUUUAACUAAACGAAAGUCAUUUAAAUACGGUUUACCAUUCUUAUUGUUCGUUGUCGGGGGAUCUUUUGGUUUACGAGAAUGGACGCAAAUAAGGUAUCAAUUUUCACACGUAAAAGGAGUAAGCAGGGAAGAAGCAGAGAAAAUGGGUCUUCGUAAAGCUAAGGAAGUCACGUUGGAAACAGCAUACGACGAAAUUCAAAAACUUGAUGUAGAUAAUUGGGAAAACAAGCGAGGCCCUCGACCUUGGGAAGAUGCAGGAAGACAAAAGAAAUAG